CUCCGCUUAUACCCCAUUUAUAAACCCCUCCCCCUCCCCAGCUCCAUAUAUAUAUUUUUUUGCUACUCCUCUUCUUCAACAAAUAUCCUAUAAUCACAAGAUAUCUCCUCCAAAAUGGCUUCCGCUAUCCGUGUUGCGCCCACUAAAGCGGCGCGGGCGAUGAGUUUGCUUCGUACAGUCCAAUACACUCACCCCCCAAGCUGUCCUUGCCACGGCAAUCCGUCUCAUCACCAUCAUCAUAAGCCGUCAAACAGCCUUCUCAGCCAUGCCAAGCGGAAUCUGCAGCGUAACUAUGCCACUCCCGUGGACCUUUCCCGUCAGAAAGAGUAUGCUUUCGAGAUGGCCGCUUCUUCUAUCCGGUUCGGCCCCGGUGUAACUAAGGAAGUCGGCAUGGAUUUCAAGAAUAUGGGAGCCAAGCGUGUUUGCGUAGUGACGGAUAGCACGGUCAAGCAUCUCAAUGCUAUGAAGCAAGUUCAAGAGGGUCUGGACCAAGAAGGAAUCGAUUACAUAGUUUAUGACGGCGUCAGAGUCGAGCCAAAGGACACUUCCAUCAAAGAAGCCAUCGCCUUCGCGAAACCCUACCAACCCGACGCCUUCCUCGCCGUCGGCGGCGGCUCCGUCAUCGACACCGCCAAGCUCAUGAACUUGUACACCUGCUACCCCAACGCCGACUUCCUCGACUUCGUCAACGCCCCCCUCGGCAAAGGUCUCCCCAUCGACAAACCCCUCCUCCCCCUCAUUGCCGUCCCCACCACCGCAGGAACCGGCUCCGAGACCACCGGCUCCGCCAUCUUUGACCUCGCCUCCGCGCGCGCGAAAACCGGCGUCGCUCACCGCGUUCUCAAGCCUACGCUGGGUAUAUGUGAUCCACUUAACACACGCACCAUGCCCUCCGCCGUCCACGCCUCGAGCGGUCUAGACGUCCUCUGCCACAGUCUCGAGAGCUGGACUGCCAUCCCGUAUAAUGAGCGUAUGCCCCGCCCGCAAAACCCGAUUAAUCGUCCCGCGUACCAGGGCGCGAAUCCUAUUAGUGAUAUCUUCUCCCUCCAGGCUCUCAGAUCGACGGUUAAGUACCUGCCCCGCGCGGUUAGGGACCCAGAUGACCACGAGGCGCAGAGCGAGAUGCUCCUCGCUGCCACACUUGCCGGCGUCGGUUUCGGCAACGCUGGCGUGCAUCUUUGCCACGGUAACCAACUUUCCUCUCCCACCUAGCAUCCUCGCUAAUUUAGCAAGGCAUGUCCUACCCCGUCUCCGGCCAAAACCGCGGGUACAAACACACCGGCUACAACGUCCCCUACCCCAUUAUCCCCCACGGCGUCUCCGUCGCCGUCACCGCCCCCGCCGUCUUCCGCUUCACCGCCGC